AGAAAAAGCAUGAAACUCGGAGCCUUUCAUUUCUCUCUCUUCCUCUCAUUAACGGCCACGAUUUUCUCCUCCGUCAUUUGUUACGAUCGACACGAUCCCAGAGGCAACAUCACCGUCCGAUGGGACAUCCUUUCUUGGACACCCGAUGGCUACUUGGCGGUCGUUAAUAUCACAAACUACCAGAGAUAUCGGCCCGUACAGGCGCCAGGUUGGCAGCUGAGCUGGACGUGGUCCAAACGGGAGGUCAUAUGGAACGUGCUCGGUGCGACAACGACGAACCAAGGCGACUGCUCGAAGUACAAGGCCAACGUCCCAUCUUCGUGCGAGAAGAGGCCCACCAUCGUCGAUUUAACGGCUGGGGCUCCUCUGAUCAACCAGAUCGAGGGCUGCUGCCGAGGAGGAACUUUGACGGCGAGGGAGGAAGAUAUGGAAACGUCAACGGCUGGAUUUCAGCUCGCCGUGGGCGAGGCAGGGACCACCAACGCCACUGUCGCUCUACCUCACAACUUCACGCUUCAAGCACCACGUGAAGGGUACACGUGCGGGAGUGCCAGGGUGGUGGACCCCACGCGGUUCCUGACUUUUGACAGGAACAGGUUUACGCAGGCGCUGAUGACGUGGCAGGUCGUGUGCACUUACUCAACCUUCUUAGCGAACAAGGCACCACCGUGCUGUGUAUCUUGGUCGUCCUUCGACCAUUGGAUGAGUGCCACGUGUUCAAAAUGUGCUUGCAACUGCAUGAACAUCUCUGCGGCUUGCGGGAGGUGUGUGCUUCAUCUUCUCUUAUCUUUAUUAUGAAACCUUUGAUACUCUGGCAGAAUGUGAUGGAUGAUACACAGGCACUUAAAACUUACUUAAGAAUCACAUACGUAGCAUGCAAGUGAGGUAACCUGCUCAAAAAAAUGGGUCCAGAGUUUAGAUGUAUCAUGAACCAAAAAUUGCCAUGCCCAGCUAGAGACGGACGGUCUUGUUAAGGGCUUUGUGGGAUUACUUUGAAGUAUAUGUUCUAUCUA